AUGGCCCGUUUUCGCAAGUUUAGGACCGUGGAUCCCAUCCAAUUCUCCAACCUGGUGGCGGCAAAGGAUUUUUCCAGCAGAUCCGGACAGUCAAAGUUCUGUCGGCCAAUUCAGUUCAAGUCCAACGCCGCCAACGCUGCUGGUCUUGGGAAACUUAAGAGGGAGCAGCACACAGCGGGCAGAGACAGCGGCAGAGACAGGCGCCGGGAGCCAAACGCGUGGCGAGCCGUCGGUCCGUGGGAAACUCUCCGGCAAUUGGCACCGGUGCUUUUGAUUUGCUUGCAACGCUCCUCCUGUCGCUCUUCCUGGGUGGUGACGCGCUGCAUAACUCUCGUUUUUUACAAAGACGACGAAGUUCCCCAACCCCGUGCACAGAACCACGCCCCCUUUGAGAUCCCAUACUUUGUCAGCGAAAGCUUCGUCAAGGACAAAAGCGAACGUGCGCUCCACAACUUCGACCAGAAGGUCCGAGAACUCCUACGUGCUGGACAAAGCGUGCCCGCUGUGGCCGUGAGCAGCUGGCCCGCAAAAGCGAGU